AUGUGCAAAACCCUAUGUGGCACACAGUUUUUACUGGCCAACUUUGUCCUGUGUCUGAACUUCAGCGAUGUAACUGCAAAAAGAAUCUGUGAACGUAUUGAAAUGUUUGCGAGAAACUUCAUGGAAAAAAACAAGCUGAAUGAUGUAUAUGAUGUGUUCAAAUAUCUUUACAACAAGUACAGUGAUGACCCAUAUCUCAGCAACAUAAAAAAUCAGUCAUUCACCAUGAUCACAUGGGGAUUUGGUGAAAUUGAAGUGGUUAAAACCAAAUGUAGAAGGAUUGAGAUUGACUUCUACAAAUGUAAUUUCGAGAGGGAAUCCUAUUACCGGACUCCUGGAGAAAAAAUGUACUAUAUAACAUUGCCUGGAAGUGUCAGAUGCAGGAAGCUCCUAUCUAAACUGGUCAACUGUCCCUUCGAAGAACAAACAGAACAGCUGAAGGUAUGA